UGCACAAACACACAAGCGUCCCACAUACACUAGCGGGAAGCUGAGCUUGAGAACACAGCAUUAUCAGUUCUACUGUUGCUCUGCGAAGAUGCAAAACAGCAGAUUUUACAGAGGGAAAACUCCUACUCCUACUCCUUUUACUGAAAAGAAGCAACACAGAGAGGGGUGAAGACCAGAAACCUUGGGAAAAACUCUGGGAUAUAGACUGGAGAGCGACAUGGCUGACCUUGUUCCAGGACUUCUCAUUUGUUUGAUGGCAGUCCAGACCAUUCAGCACAAUGGAAACAGAACCAGGACCAAAACCAAUAUUCCAACUGGUCUUGUACCAAAAACCUUCAAGGGGAGGACGUACAUACUUAAUGGCACAGACAAGCUGCAGACCAUGCCCUAUCCCAGCACAAACCCUUGGCUGCAUGUGAACUGGGAGGAGCCAGUUACAGCCUAUACCACAGGGGUCCUCAGCACACGGGUCAUACCUUUGUCAUACAUCUUGGCCAUGCUUGUGGGUAUCCCCUCCAACGCCUACAUUCUGGCCUUCCUCAGACUCAGAGCAAAGUCCUUCGCCACAGUAGUUUUUUACCUGAACCUGGCCUUGUCGGACCUGCUGCUCCUGCUCUCUCUGGCACUGCGAAUUCACUACCACUUCAACGGAAACAACUGGAUAUUUGGGGAAAUCUCCUGCCAGCUUAUCACAGCCUUGUUUUAUGGCAAUGUUUACUGUUCUGCUCAAACUAUAGCAUGCAUCAGUCUGAAGCGCUACCUGGCUGUGGUCAGACCGUUUUUGUACAGAAGGCUGUCUAAGACUACGCUGGCAGUGUGGACAUGCCUGGUUGUGUGGUUCCUGUACGUGGCUGCUAUUGUGCCAGAGCUCCUGGUCAGGCAAAGCUACCAGGUUAACCAGCUGGGAGUCAUCACCUGCCAUGAUGUACUUCCCCUAGAAGAAAAAUCUCAUUCCACACUGGUGCCGUAUAGGCUGAUGCUGGUUUGUCUGGGUUUCAUAGUACCCUUCCUGAUUUGCAUCUAUGCCCAUGUGGCAGUGGUAUACCACUUAGGGCAAUCUGGCUGUGACUGGAGACAGUUUAUCAGGGUCAGUACUCUGGUUUUCGUUAUCUUUGUGGUGUGUUUCUUGCCCAGUGGCAUCCUGCAUAUCGCCCACUACAUCCGCCUGUUUUCAAAUGGGGACGACAGACUGUAUGGUUACUACAGAGUAGCGGUGUGUCUCUGCUGCUUCCACAGUUGUCUGGAUCCCUUCCUGUUCCUGCUCAUUUCGAAGACGACAGCCUCUGAACUAGAAUUCAUUUCCGUCUACGGGAUACCUCAGAGGCCGGCUGAAACUGGAUGCGAGUACGCAGAAAAAGCAGCUCCUUGAUGGACUAAUGUUGGGAACCAGCAGGGAAGCACAAGCCCAGAAACAAAGAUGUGAAAGUUAAGAGUGGACACUGAAUUUAACAGGGCAAUAUAUGUUAUGUCCAAAACAACAGGAGGCUCUGAAUCUUUAAGAAUAUCAGGAAAGGAACGAUGAAACUGUGAAACCUAUAUAGCUUAACGUCAACCCAAUCCGAGUAUUUUGACUCUACAAUGGGGAUUGUGAUGGAACAGUGGACAAGACACACGCUUUUGGUGCGAGAGACCCCACAGUGACACCUACCAAUGUGUCCCUGACAAUUAACCCCUAGUUGCUCCAGAGGUGUGCGACCAGCUAAAUGAAUAAAUGUAAUGUACAAUCGUUUGUCUUUGCCUUGUUACAAAAACAGCUUAAUAGAAAAGUUAAUAGAAAAGUUCCACAUCAACAUCAAGCAGUUCAGAUUUAGGAGGAUGUAGUAAUGUAAAAUAGAGCCAUGCUGCUGUGCAAGUCCAAAAAAACUAACGAUUAGAGUGAGAUAAAGUUAUGACAUGUUACAGCAAGGGUUUAUUAAGCCAUAAAAAUAUUUUAGACUUUGAGCAUGUGAGAGGUGCAAGCGCAUUUAUUUACAUAAAUCAUAUUAGUUUACUCAAUUUAGUGUCACAAUACCUGGCAGAGGAGUUUCUUGGUGUAUUGUAGGAGAUCAUGGUAAUGUUUGGCUGUGUCUGGGUUCACCCCCAUCAACUUGGCUGUAGGGAGGAGCAGGGCUGCAAGCGUUUGCUUAGGAUCACCUGAGUUAAGUGCCUCAUUGAUCUCAGCUAUGGCUAUGAUGCCUGCGGGGAGAAAACAAGCAACAUUUGAUACUUGAUCUGUCAAUGUGUUUAAUUUAUUUUGUGGGGGUUUUUUUGGAGGAUCACAUCCAAAAUAAAAAUAAAAAUUUC